GUAAACACUGUCAACGAAUUCGGCUUCACGCCGUUGAUCCUCGCCUGUCUCCACGGCGAAGAGAACGUGGUGCGCCACAUCCUCGAGUCCGGCGCCUCGAUUGACGGCGAAACGCCGCCCAACUCUGUCCACGCGGACACCCAACACUGGACGCCGUUGACUUACUGCGCCCUCUCGGGCAACUCGCACUUGGCCAGCGUGUUGCUGGAUAAAGGAGCGAGAGUCGAAGGCGGCGCCCGAGUGAACGAGGACCGGUGCACGGAGACGCCGUUGCAAGUCGCCGCCGCCUACGGCAACGGGGACAUGGUGACGCUGUUGCUCAGCCACGGCGCCGAUCCCUUCUUGGCCACGACUGUCAAGGACUCGCUGUGCUAUUCCGGGAGUGCGCAGAGAGGGUGUUACUCGGCCAUUUCGGUGGCAGCGGCUCACGGACAACGCGGAAUAUUGCACAAACUCCUGUCCCACCCCCUGAGCGACUCGAGUGCCACCAAGAAGGACAUGCUGUCCUUGGAGGAAAUCCUGGAAGAAGGAGUUUCGCAGGGUGUGAUCAAGUCUCCCGAAAAGGUCCUCGUGUUCCCGACCCACGUGGACAACUCGUCCAGGUCGAGCACCAUGAGUUCCGGGUCGGCGGGUGCGGAGUGUACCCAGGUUGUCAAGCUCACCCGGCGGCAAGUCAAGGUUUUGCAGGAGGCCAUGUAUCAUUCGGCCGAGAGUCGGCAUUUGGGUACGUUUCAUGAACGUGGGUUACAGACUUACAGUACAGGGGGACCCCGAGAUGCGGACGUAAACACUGUCAACGAAUUCGGCUUCACGCCGUUGAUCCUCGCCUGUCUCCACGGCGAAGAGAACGUGGUGCGCCACAUCCUCGAGUCCGGCGCCUCGAUUGACGGCGAAACGCCGCCCAACUCUGUCCACGCGGAUACCCAACACUGGACGCCGUUGACUUACUGCGCCCUCUCGGGCAACUCGCACUUGGCCAGCGUUUUGCUGGAUAAAGGAGCGAGAGUCGAAGGCGGCGCCCGCGUGAACGAGGAUCGGUGCACGGAGACGCCGUUGCAAGUCGCCGCCGCCUACGGCAACGGGGACAUGGUGACGCUGUUGCUCAGCCAUGGCGCCGAUCCCUUCUUGGCCACGACUGUCAAGGACUCGCUGUGCUAUUCCGGGAGUGCGCAGAGAGGGUGUUACUCUUUAAAAUCUCGUUACAAUGCCAUUUGUGCUGCUUCU